AUGCUGGGAAAUGGAAAUGGAAAAUUCGAACGCCCUACUGUUUUAUUUCGCUCUGUUCAUGAAACAAUGAUGAACGGAAUCAAUAGGCGGCAGAAGUGUAUGCGUUCUUAUGCAAGAUUCGAAGUAUUAGCCGGUGCCUACACAAUAACCUGCCCCGAUGCCGAAUGUCCAGCCAGAGGCGUCCAGCCUGGCACAGUUGUGCAGCCCACCAGCACUCUCACCCAGGACGAAAUUAAAACAUUGGCUGAAAUCGAUAUGGAUCGUACGAGAACCUGGUGCCCUCGUGCAGGUUGCGAGACUGUUUGCUCGGUGGCUGCUCCAGAUGGUACUACAGCUGCUGCAGGUGCUGCUUCAACAGCAGCAGGAUCUAGUUUGGGGGCUGCUGCUCCCAGAAGACCUCCUGUGUGUGCUGUGCAAUGUCCAACGUGCAGUGAUGAAUUCUGCUCCAGUUGUAAAAAACAGUGGCAUCCAGGGCAAACUUGCGAGCAAUAUGCACUGACACUAGGAGCUGAAGAAGGAUUUCCGUUACUUUUGGCAGGCCCUGGUGGCUCCGAGUUGAUCAAAAGCUGUCCACUUUGUUCAGUGCCAAUCGAGAAAGAUGAAGGCUGUGCUCAAAUGAUGUGCAAGAGGUGUAAACAUGUCUUCUGCUGGUACUGUCUUACUUCACUCGAUGAUGAUUUUCUGUUACGCCACUACGACAAGGGGCCAUGCAAAAACAAAUUAGGACAUUCUAGAGCUUCCGUAAUCUGGCAUAGAACACAGGUAAUUGGAAUAUUCGCUGGCUUUGGCAUUCUACUCUUAGUUGCUUCACCUCUUUUAUUGCUAGCGGCACCUUGUAUAGUUUGUUGUAAGUGCAGAGUGUGCAACGGAGCUGCAAGAUUGGACCAGGAAGAAGGAGAAGAUCAGGAUGGACAUGACGGAGAUGAUGAUGGUUGA